GGGUUCGAGGAUGUGAUCGCGGAGCCCGAGCUGACCCACUCCUUCGACAAAGUCUGGGUCUGCAGCCACGCGCUCUUCGAGCUCAGCAAGUACCUGAUCUACAAGCUCCUGACGCUGGUCCUGGCCGUGCCGCUUGCCCUGCUUGUGGGGAUCGUCUUCGCGGUGCUCAGCUGCCUGCACAUCUGGAUUGUGGUGCCUUUCGUGAAAACUUGUCUCAUGGUCUUGCCUUCAGUGCAAACUGUAUGGAAGAGCCUGACAGAUGUGUUCAUCGUACCGUUCUUUCAGAGCAUAGGCCGAUGCUUUGCCAUGGUUAAUAUACGCCUGGAGCAAGAGUAA